GUCACUAUUACGAAAUUUAUGUGACAGUGAUUUAUAAAAUCGCCAGGGUGCCGAAUUUUCUUUUAAAAUUUUAAUCAAUAUCAUUAAUAAAAAAUAUUUAAUAAGGUGAAAAAAAUAAGUAUGGGUUACAAAAUUCUAAAAUUGGCUUCCUCUCCUUUGCGGAAUGGGAGCUUCAGGAUUGCUGUUAGGCAAUAUGCCACCACUCAUGAAGCUGAUGUUGUUGUAAUUGGUUCGGGCCCUGGCGGUUAUGUCGCUGCCAUCAAAGCUGCACAGUUAGGAUUCAAGACAGUCUCAGUUGAAAAGGAUCCUACACUAGGUGGAACAUGUUUAAAUGUGGGAUGUAUUCCAUCAAAGGCAUUGCUACACAAUUCUCACUUAUACCACAUGGCAAAGCACGACUUCAAGCAAAGGGGUAUUGAAGUUGGUCAAGUAUCCUUUAACUUUGACACUAUGAUGACUUACAAAACAAAUGCAGUAAAGGCCCUUACUGGGGGAAUUGCGAUGCUUUUUAAUAAGAACAAGGUAAAAUUAGUCAAAGGCGUAGGAUCAAUAGUCGCACCUAACAAAGUCGAAGUGAAGGGAGAGAAAGGAGUCGAAACAAUAAACACAAAAAACAUCAUUAUUGCAACUGGAUCAGAAGUGACCCCUUUCCCCGGUGUUACGUUUGACGAACAACAAAUUAUUACCUCCACUGGCGCUCUCGCACUCAAGAAAGUUCCCAAGAAGAUGUUGGUGAUCGGAGCCGGCGUGAUCGGUCUCGAGCUGGGCUCGGUGUACCAGAGGCUGGGCGCCGACGUCACUGCUAUCGAAUUCUUAGAUACUAUUGGAGGCGUCGGCAUCGACGGUGAAGUCUCGAAGACGCUACAGAAGCUGUUGACGAAGCAAGGAAUGAAGUUCAAGCUCGGCACCAAAGUCACCUCCGUCACGAAAGAGGGCGGAGCCGUGAAGGUCGGCGUCGAAGGCUCCAAGGGAGGGAACAAAGAGACGCUGGACUGCGACGUGGUGCUGAUCUCCAUCGGACGCCGACCCUACACCCGAGACCUGGGGCUCGACAAGGCGGGCAUCGCCCUGGACGACCGAGGCAGAGUGCCCGUCAACAACAAGUUCCAGACCACCGUCCCCGGGAUCUACGCGAUCGGAGACUGCAUCCACGGCCCCAUGCUGGCGCACAAGGCGGAGGACGAGGGGAUCGUCUGCGUCGAGGGCAUCAAGGGUAUGCCCGUGCACUUCAACUACGACGCGAUUCCUUCGGUCAUCUACACUUCGCCCGAGGUGGGCUGGGUCGGCAAGUCGGAGGAGGAUCUCAAGAAAGAGGGCAAGGCGUACAAGGUGGGCAAGUUCCCGUUCCUGGCCAACUCCCGAGCCAAGACCAACGGGGAGCCCGACGGCUUCGUGAAGGUGUUGGCCGACAAGGCCACCGACGUCAUCCUCGGCACGCACAUCAUCGGACCGGGCGGCGGCGAGCUGAUCAACGAGGCCGUGCUGGCGCAAGAGUACGGAGCGGCGGCCGAAGACGUCGCUCGAGUCUGCCACGCCCAUCCCACGUGCGCCGAAGCUCUGCGAGAGGCGAAUCUGGCGGCGUACGCCGGGAAGCCGAUCAACUUCUAAUUCGUCGGGGUUCGCUGUCGGCUCUCGCGCCCGUCCGGCGGAGGCCGAGGCGCGAGAGAGAGAGAGAGAGAGCCUAGUGUACUUUAUUUAUUACGAAAAUAGUGAAACUGCCUCGCUCGAGUCGACGGACGUGUUCAUUCCGUCACCGAAACGUAAACGUUCGUAAUCGGUGUAUUUCUUUUUGUGUAAAUAGUUCUGUGACCCCUUUGUUUUGUAUUCCAAUAUUAAUAAAAUAAUUUAUAUCGAA